AUGCCAUACCUCGUACGCGAGCAUUUGUUCAUCGGUAACAUUGGAGAUGCUGCAGAAGUUCUCCAAAAUGGAAGUGAUGACAUCACGCACAUACUCUCGGUUCUAAGCUCAGCUUCGAUUUCUUUCUUCUCGGAGUGGCGAAGUGGGAUUUCAAUCCCAACUAAAGAAAUCCAGAAGGUUUUUGUUGGGGACUCUCAUUCAGAAAAUGGGUCCAAGAGCGCACUCUCACCGGAUAAGCUCCUCUACUCACUCGAGUAUGCGGGUAAGGAUUUGAAGUUUGUGAGGAUGGCAGUGCCUCUGAGGGAUAUGGAGAGCGAGGACUUGCUCGAUUAUUUGGAUGCAGCUUUGGAUUUUAUCGAAAAUAGUCGGAAUGAGGGUUCGGUUUUGGUUCACUGCUUUGCAGGUGUAUCGAGAAGUGCAGCUAUCAUUACAGCAUACCUGAUGAAAAGUGAACGGCUCACUGUAGAUGAUGCUAUUGAGUCUUUGAGACAGAGCUGUGAAUCUGUAUGCCCGAAUGAUGGCUUCCUGGAGCAGUUGAAAAUGUUUGAAGAAAUGGGUUUUAAGGUGGAUCGUGAUAGUCCAAUAUACAAGCGCUUCCGCUUAAAAGUAUUAGGUGAGACCUAUAACCGUGGAGAGAAAAUAGAUAGUUCCAAGUUCGGGCCUGACCCGAGCUUCCCUGCUGAAAAGCUUUCUUCCAAUUCCGAAAGAUUGACCAAUAACGAAGCUCGGCCCAAUACUCCUGCUUACCGUUGCAAGAAAUGCCGCAGGCUAGUUGCCUUGAAAGAAAAUGUCGUGGAUCAUGUUCCGGGAGAGGGCGAAACGUGCUUCAAUUGGCGUAAAAGGAGUGGUACUUUUAGCAGAUCUGAAGAUGACGAGUGUUCUUCUAUCUUUAUCGAGCCUCUUUGCUGGAUGAAAGCUGUUGAAGAAGGUGGUCUGGAGGGAAAGCUAUCGUGCAUCAACUGUGAAGCUCGUUUGGGUUACUUCAACUGGUCCGGCAUUCAGUGCAGUUGCGGAACCUGGAUUACACCUGCAUUCCAGCUUCACAAAAGCCGAGUCGACAUCAGCACUAUCUAG